AUGCAUUCUGGGAGAUUGGUUGCUUGCAUCGUGUACUCUGCAAAGUCCUUCAUUUGGUCGGUGAUGUUUGUGUUCCUGCUGGUCUACAUCUAUGGGCUCUACCUGACCCAAUCCGUUCAUCUGCACAGACUUGAGACAGGCAAGAAUGCAGCAGGAGAUGAAGUGCUUGCCGAAUACUUUGGAACUGUGGGACGAUCCAUCUUGUCACUCUUCCAAGCCUUAACGGGCGGCAUCGACUGGCGGGACCUGGUGGAGCCCUUGAGUGAAUACAUGAAUUGGGGCUGGGGCUUAGCCACGGUGAUUUGGAUCGCCUUCCUCAUGCUGGGCGUGAUGAACAUCAUCACCGGGAACUUCGUCAGUGCAGCGAUGGAGCGGUCCCAAUCGGUGAAGGAUGUGGACAACGUCUUUCAAGCACGGCGGCUCUUCAAGAGCCUCGACAUCGAUGACAACGGAGCGAUUACGAUUGAUGAGAUUCGCCGUCACUUGGAGUCCAAACCCGUGCAACACUUCUUCAGGACGAUUGAUGUGGAUUCCUCUGAAGCAGAGGUGCUGUUUGAGAUUUUGGAUCUGAGCGGAGAUGGCAGUAUCGACAAAGAGGAGUUCAUCAGUGGCUGUUUGCGUCUCCAAGGCGCAGCGCGAGCUGUAGAUCUCUUGCUGAUGACCAAGGACACGCGACGAGGCUUUGAGCAGAUUCUUAUCUACUUGGAAGAGCUCACAAGCCGAUUAGACGCGACACAGGAGUUCUUGGAGCUUGUGAAAGAAACCUGCGACGACUAUGCGGAGAUCUCAGAGAUUGUGGACCGGCACAAUACUUUGGAAAGUGCCAAUGCUGACCUCUCUGAGAUGCAGAUCGAGUCGGAGACGAAGAUUGAGGAGCUCAGAGGUGAGUUCCAGACCUACAAGAAAGACCAGGAAAUGGAGAUGAUGGAGCUGCGGAAUAAGGUCGCACUACUCCAAAUCGAGUUGGAUGAAUGCCAGAAGAAGCGCCAACAGCUGCAACAUGACUUCGACGAAGCAACGCAGGAAGACUCCAGGCACUCCUUGAAAUUUGGGCAGAUCCUUAUGUCCGUCGAAAACUUGUUUUUGCGCUGUACAACCAAGAGGAAAAACAUUCAGCAUGCCCAGACACCCGUUGAUGAUGAGGGCAAGCAAGAAGGCGAAGAAGGCCAAGAUGAAAGCAAAGACUCCUUCAGGAAGAAGAAGGAGAAUGCCAUCAGACAGCUGAAGGUCAUCCUUGCUUACCUCAAGGACUUCAAGGAGAUUUGCGAGAUCCUGCGCAAAGAGAGAAGAGCAGAUCCAACUCGGGGAAAGCAGGCGGGAGCCCUGGAAGCUGUGACAGCACAAGAGCCGAACAUCCGCUUCGAGGCUGAGAUGCCCAAGGGCGGUGAUCGAACUUCUCAAAACUCCGGCUCACAGGGCAAUACCAAGGAGCUGAGGCCGAGUGCCAAUGUGAGCACUACUCAAGACUUCUGA